AUGCUUAUGCACGGUCAUGAUCUUUAUGGUGAUCUAGAUGAGUCUGCUCCUGCUCCAUCUCGCACUAUCACAACUGGCACAGUCCUUAGUGCCAAUCAUGUAUUUGCUUUUUUGGUUUCGUCAAGACCAACUCAUUCAAAAUACACUUAUGCCAUAUGUUGGUCCAACAAUUGCUACUACUGUUGCAGCUGCCAACAGCAAAAAAAGCCUGGGAUGCAUUGCACGCUACAUAUGUUAACAAGUCUCGAACAAGAAUUUUCAGUCUUCGCGAUCAACUUGCGCGUAGACUCCCAACCAAUCACUGAAUAUGUUCAACAUAUUCGAUCCAUGGCUGACAAACUCUCUACUGUUGGUGCCCCUAUCACAAACUCUAAAAUCAUUGUUAAGAUCCUGAGUGGUCUAGGACCAGAGCUUCGUGAGAUUUCUGCUGCAAUUCGUGCUCGUGACUCCACUAUUACGUAUGAAGAACUCUACGAGAAGCUUCUUGAUCGUGAGGGGCGAUCUUCGAACACCACCAACUCUUAUGAUGGUGUUCGCUGCCUGUUGUGCAACAAACUAGGUCAUGUUACCAGUAUAUGCAGAUCCAGAUCUCACAAUCAUUUUGAGGCCAAGGCCAACUAUGUUUCGGGAAUGCACGCAUCAGCAAAUCCUUGGAGUCCCGACUCUAGAGCAUCUCACCACAUAACUGAUAAUCCUCACAACUUGCAGGAAUACAAUGGAAUGGAUCAG